AUGCCUCCUCCGCUCCCCUCCUCCCACCGGGGGAUGACAGCAAACCCUAUCAAACCCAGUCGCUACCGCCCCGGAAAGGCAGUUCCCGAAGACCUCUCCUCUUCUGAAGAGGAGGAAGAGGAAGAGGAUGUCGAGGCGCAAAGAGAACAAGAGCGGCGCAGACAAGCCGAGGCGCAGCGCCGGAGACAGCAACCCAAAGCUAGUUCAUUCCCUGCAGCUGCAGUAGCACAAAAGACCGAGGAAGAUGAAGAUGAAGAAGGGUUCGUCACCGAGGACGAAGAAGACGAGGCCGCCCCUGCGCCAAAAGCUGUGCCACAAACUACAGCCUACGACGUAAAGCCUGCAGUGCCUAAGACUGUUCCCGCAUCUGGACCGGUUGGCAGCGAAGAAGAGGAGGAGGAGGAAGAGGAAGAGGAAGAAGAAAGCUCAGAAGAAGAAAGCAGUUCAGAAGACGAAGCACCGCGACGCAUACUCAUCCGACCAACAUUCAUAAAAAAAGACAAGCGCAACGCCGCCCAAGAGUCUGCCGGCCAGACCCAGAGCAAAACCAGCGCAGCAGACCAAGCAGCGGAAGCAGAAGCCCGACGCGCAGCACAACGCAAAGAAAAAGCAGACAUGCUAAUCCGCGAUCAACUCGAAAAAGAAGCAAUCGCACGCUCAACAGCCAACCGAGCCUGGGACGACGACGAGCUCGUCGAAGCCGACGAUGAAGAAGCAAUCGACGACAAAGACGACGUCGAUCCAGAAGCCGAGCGCGCAGCCUGGAAACUGCGCGAACUAAAGCGCGUCAAGCGAUCCCGCGAAGCAAUCGAAGAAGCCGAGAAAGAACGCGAAGAAAUCGAGCGCCGGCGCAACCUCACAGCCGAAGAGCGGGACCGCGAAGACCGCGAGUUCAUUUCGAAGCAGAAGGAAGAACGCGAGGCUACGCGCGGCCAGACAGGCUUUAUGCAGCGGUAUUUCCACAAGGGUGCUUUCUUCCGCGGGGAUCAAGAGGCGGAGGGUCUGGAUCAGCGGAAUCUCAUGGGUGCUCGAUUUGAGGAUGAUGUUAAUCGUGAUACGCUGCCGCAGUAUAUGCAGGUGCGCGAUAUGACCAAGCUGGGCAAGAAGGGCCGGACUCGGUAUCGGGAUUUGAAGACUGAGGAUACGGGCCGGUUUGGGGAUGGGCUUGAGAAUCGGAGGAGGAGGGAUGGGCCACCUGAGGGUGUAACUGAUGAACGGUUUAUGCCUGACCGUGGUGAUGACCGUGACCGUGAUCGCGGGCCGACUGGUGCUAAUGCUAGUGUUGUCAGGCCGCGGCGGAGGUCGAGGUCUAGGUCGGGUUCGCCGCGGCGGGAUCGGGAUCGGCGUGAGAGGGAUUCGGGGAGGUAUGAUCGGAGUCGAUCUAGGGAGAGACGGAAGCGAAGCCCGUCGCCUUAUGAGGACCGGGAGAAGAGGCGGCGUGUGGAUUCGUGA